AUGGCUAUCUUUUCACUAACUUUAUUGUAUUACUGUGUGAUUUUGUUUCUCAAUAUCUCUCUCAUCCUGAUCAUCAUCUUGGAUGAAAACCUGCAUGAACCCAUGUACAUCUUAUUGUGCAUUUGCAUUAAUGGACUUUAUGGGACCACAGGUUUCUUCCCUAAAUUCCUCUUAGAUCUGCUGACUUCUUCUUCUCAAAUCUCAUAUGAAGGAUGCCUUUUGCAGGCUUUUGUCAUGUACUCGUUUGCUUGCUGUGAUUUAUCUAUUUUAGCAGUUAUGGCUUACGACAGAUAUCUGGCUAUAUGUCGACCACUGCACUACCACUCUGUCAUGUCAAAGAGGAGUCUCUCUCAGCUGAUAUGUUUCUCCUGGCUAACACCUUUCUGCAUUUUCUCUGUUGGGUUCUUAACUUCCAGACUUAGACUAUGUCGAUUCCAAAUUCAGAAACUCUUUUGUGUUAAUUGGAUGAUUGUUAAACUUGCUUGCUCUGAUGUUGACACCUCUUCCAGGUCAUUUUCCCCUGCUGUGGCCUGGCUCCUUGGACCAGUAAGCUUCCCAGCAGAGCCCCAGCUGCAGCCCUGA